UCAACAGAAGCAUUUCCGGGUUGUGGAGCAUGCCUUUACAAUUACGAAGAUGGCGGGUCCACAAGAUAUCCAGGCUCUUCUGCAUGGGCUCAUGAGCUCUGACAAUGAAAUACGUACCCAGUCAGAACAAGCAUAUGAGAAUGUCCCAGCUCCUGACAAGGUGGUUUGCCUUAUACAAGCAAUCAGGAAAAUUGAUAUACCAGUUGAGCAAAGAGCACUUGCGGCAUUGUUACUGCGAAGACUGUUUACCAACAAUUUUGAAACACUGUGGCCACAGAUAUCUCUAGAGAUUCAAAAUGGUGUAAAACAAGAACUGAUGGCGGCCAUCCACCAAGAGGAAGCUCCUAAUGUGCGCAGAAAAGUUUGUGAUGCGUUCUCAGAACUGGUCAGGAAUAUGAUUGAUGAUGACAACAACAUGCAGUGGCCAGAAGCUCUCAAGUUUUUGUUUGAAUGUGCCAGUUCAGAAAAUCCAGCACUUAAAGAGAGUGCUCUUCACAUUUUGUCAUCAGUCCCAGGUAUAUUUGGCAACCAACAAAACCAAUAUAUUGAAGUUAUCAAACAGAUGUUGGGUGCUGCACUGAUGGACAGAAGUCACCCAGCAAUUUGCUUUGAAGCAGUAAAAGCAGUGACAGCCUUUCUGGUGAACAAUGAUAAAGAGCUUGGUCUUUUGAAUCAUUUUAGAGAUCUUCUUCCACUAGUCAUUCAGGGUGUCGCUGACAGCAUAACAACUCAGGAAGAUGACAGCUUGUUGAAAUGUCUGAUAGAGCUUUCUGAGAACGUCCCUAAAUAUUUAAGAAGCCACAUAGAAAGUGUAUUUGAGUUGUGUCUAGGGGUUGUUGCUAAUGCUAACCUAGAGGACACAUGGAGACAGCUGGCACUGGAGGUUAUUGUGACAAUGUCUGAAACUGCGCCAGCCAUGGUUAGGAAGCUUUCCAAGUUCAUACCUUUACUUGUUCAACAAGUUUUGGCUUUGAUGGUGGACCUUGAAGAUGAUCCAGAGUGGUCCAUUCAAGAUAUUGAUGAUGAUGAAGAUACAGAUUCGAAUCCGAUUGCAGGAGAAGCUGCUCUAGACAGACUAGCAUGCGCUCUGGGAGGAAAGACAAUGCUUCCCCACAUCAUUUCAAAUAUUUCUCAAAUGUUGCAGCAUGCUGAUUGGCAGUAUAGAUAUGCUGGUCUGAUGGCUGUGUCUGCUUGUGGGGAAGGCUGUCACACUCACAUGGAACAGAUGCUCAACAACAUUGUGGAUGCUGUGUUACCUUUUGCUGUUGAUCCUCACCCAAGAGUUCGUUAUGCUGCCUGCAAUGCUCUAGGACAAUUGUGUACAGAUUUUGGGCCCAACUGUCAGAAGAAGUUUCACAACAAGAUUGUCCCUGCCUUGGUUGGCAUUCUGGAUGAUGAGGCCAACCCUCGUGUCCAGGCCCAUGGUGCAGCAGCACUGGUCAACUUCAGUGAAGAGUGUCCCAAACAUUUACUAGUCCAGUACUUGGAUGUCAUCAUAUUGAAACUAGAGCAGGUUCUGACACACAAGUUUAGAGAGCAUGUAAAUAAAGGCAAUAAAUUGGUUUUAGAACAAGUCAUAACUACACUAGCCUCUGUUGCGGACACUGCACAAGACAAGUUUUUGCAGUACUAUGAUAGGUUUAUGCCAUGUCUGAAGUAUAUCAUGCAACACAUCCAAAGCUCAGAGCACAGGCUGCUGCGUGGCAAGACUAUAGAGUGUAUCAGUUUGAUUGGACUGGCUGUAGGGAAAGAAAAGUUCAUGCAAGAUUGUAAUGAUGUUAUGCAGCUGUUGUUAAAGACUCAGACAGAGGAGGAUGAUCUUGCUGAUGACGACCCUCAGAUUACUUAUAUGAUCUCUGCCUGGGCCAGGAUGUGUAAGAUCUUAGGAAAAGAAUUUGAGCAAUAUCUUCCAUUGGUCAUGGGCCCAGUGUUGAAGGCAGCAUCUUUAAAGCCAGAAGUAGCUCUGAUAGACAGUGAAGAUAUGAAAGACAUGGAGAAUAGUUCCGACUGGCAGUUUGUUACUCUUGGAGAUCAGCAAAACUUUGGCAUCUGCACAGCUGGCCUAGAAGAGAAAGCCACUGCUUGUCAGAUGUUGGUCUGCUAUGCCCGUGAGCUGAAGGAAGGCUUUGCUGCUUACUCUGAAGAGGUAGUCAAGAUCAUGGUGCCGCUGCUGAAGUUUUAUUUUAAUGACACUGUCAGAAUUGCUGCUACAGAAAGUUUGCCCUAUCUGUUAGACUGUGCAAAGAUACAAGGAGAGCAAUAUGUCGCCAACAUGUGGGCUUAUAUAUGUCCUCAUUUGCUGAAAGCUAUUGAGAUAGAGCCUGAGCAGUCUGUCCUGCCAGAAUAUUUAGGAUCCUUUGCCAAAUGUGUAGAAUCUCUGGGCAAAGGCUGUUUGAAUGAUCAAGACAUGUCCACUCUGGUCACCUUGCUGGACAAACUCCUCAAGCAACACUUUGUGAGGCAGAAUGAGAGACAAGAUAAGAGGAAAGAUGAAGAUUAUGAUGACAUAGUGGAGGAGUCUUUGAUGGAUGAGGAUGAUGAAGAUGCUUAUGUUUUGAGUAAAAUUGCAGACAUCAUACAUUCAUUUUUUGGCACCCACAAGGAGUCGUUCUUGCCAGUGUAUGAGCAGAUUAUGCCCUAUUUUGUCAAACUGUUGUCUCCAGAGAGACCUUGGUCAGACAGGCAAUGGGCCUUGUGCGUUUGGGAUGAUGUUAUAGAACACACUGGACCAAUUUCUCACAAAUAUAGAGAGUUUUUCUUGGAGCAAAUGAUUCAGUCGAUUACAGAUAAAACACCAGAGAUAAGGCAAGCAGCGUCCUAUGGAUUGGGUGUGAUUGGUCAGUUUGGAGGAGAUGUUUAUGCUGAUGUUUGUGCUGAAAGCAUCCCUCGUCUGGUUAGUGUGAUUGAACAUGCUGAAUCCAAAGAGGUAGAAAACUUGCCAGCAACUGACAAUGCCAUUUCAGCUGUGGUGAAAAUCUGUCAGUACAAUGGGUCGAAGGUGAAUGUAGAUGAGCUCUUGUACAGACUGGUUUCCUGGCUUCCAAUCCUGACUGAUGAGGAGGAAGCAGUCCAUGUGUACACCUACUUCUGUGAUUUAUUAGACAAAAAUCAUCCUGCCAUAAUGGGGGAGAAUGCAUCCAAUUUACCUCAAGUUAUUAGCAUAGUAGCUGAAACUCUUCACAGAGAGUUGGUCCAAGAGGAUACACCAUUGUACAUGAGAUUAGUGAAUAUUGUCCGGCAGGUGCAGUCCAACCCAGACGUGUUUCAAGUGUGUGUAUCCCAGUUGACAGAACAGCAAAGACAAGCCUUGAUUGAAAUCUGAUAGACUCUACUUAGGACAAUUCAUUCUCCAUGCAUUGACCACUGGCCUACAUACACAGGAUCUGCUUUGAGACAUUUUUUUGUUUAGUCAUUUUGAAAAAUUUCAUCUUCCCUGCAUGUCAAACUGAAGCAUGUUUUAAUGGCUGCUACUCUGGGCCAGGUCAGAGUGAAGUUUUGAGAAUUCCUUGUUAAAUUUCGUUAAAGACAUUUUGGCCAACACAUAACACAAACAGUUUCUAGGACUGCGCUGGCAGUUUGAAUUGUAAAGUUUGACCAGAUUCAGAUGUGACCACUUUCAGCUGGUCUUUUUUCUGCGUGUGUGUUUGGCCAAGUGGCUUGUUGCUCUCUUUCUUGCCUUAUUUUUCCCUGUCUUCAAACCACAACCAGUGCUAGGAAGUGAAACUUUGAAUCAUCUCAAAAUAUUUUUAAUUUUGAAAUGAAGGAAAUGAAAGUGAACUUAAUGAAUUUUUAUGGGAUUUCUAAUUACUAUGUAGCUUUUUUUUUGUUUUAGGUGAUAUUGCCCUUUCAAAGAGUCACUUUGUAUUGAAAUCUCCCUUUAAGGAAUGCAAUUUGUCUAUGAACAUCUUCAAAGAAAAAAAAAAGGAAAUACUGCUCCACAAGUGGAGCACAAAGUAAUCAAUCUUGAAAUAAAUUUUUUAAAAUCGUUUUAAAUAUUGGAUGGAAAGUUCAGAAGGGAGAAUGAUACUAGGACAUAUGGGUUUUUCUUAGGUGCAAAGAUCUGCAGUAAUAGAAUUCUUUUCAUCAACAAUGGAGGAGCUUCAUGUUAUGUGGCUGGAGUUUCACUGAAUGAAAGUAGUAGUCAUUUCCAACAUUCCUUAUUAGGGAUGACUUUCUGUAGGAUGGGGCAUUCUUUUAACUUUUAAAACCUAGAACAAAAGUGUCAAGUCUGUUUUAACCUUUAGUUUGGCGGAGCAUCCUUCUCUAAAUAUGGUCAUCUUUUUAUUUCACCUUUCUCCUUCUUUUAGUUCUUUGCUUCUGUGAGAUUACAUUGACAAGAGUUACCUCUCCAUGUUAGAAUGUACUGGUAUUAACACAGGAGUUACUCCUCUGGUUAUUUCUAUGAUUACAUUUGGGGAAAAAAAAUUGUUUAUAUUUUGAACUAACUUGUUUUAUGAAUGAGGCUUAUGUACAAAAGAUGAAAAAAAACUUUUUUUUUUCAAUGUAAUUAAAUCAUGUACACAUUUUAAAUUUGUUUUGGUUUGUUUGUGUGUGUGUGUUAUACAAGCUUUGAUUGUUGUUAUGUGUUUGCUAUUUUUUUUUACUUUUUAGCAAAAGCUUUCUUUGUUUGCUGCACAACAAAGUUGUGUCACACCAAUUCAAGCUUAAAACAAAUUUCAUUUGUAUUUCUUGAAUUUGUAAUUAUCUAAGACUAUUUGAAUACUUUCACCAAAGAUGUUUGCAUAAUGAAACAUGGUGGCAAGACCCCACUACAAACAAGUGUUCUUGUGAAUGUUGGUAUGGACAGUAUAGAGGGACAGUUACUAAUGGCAGGACAUGUAUCUUAUGGGGGGUGGGUGGAAAACAUAUGCCAAAGGCAGUCUUUUUUGUGGUGAGCUGAAAGGUGGUCAAGUAACCUAGUUGCAGGCAGCUUCGGCAUGAGACAGCUGGAGAUCACUUACAAAGACUGCAGGAUACUCGAGACCAAAAGGAAAUCUACACUCCUGAGAAUCCCUCCAGUUUUCCCAGUCAGCAGCUACACCUUGCAAGCUAUCAAGGCAGAUCCAUUCUUUUACAUUGUUCAGUUUCUCUUUGGAAGAUCCUUUCUUCGUGCUCCCUCAACCAUAUCUUGAAAGAUGACUUAAGAGUUAUGUCUUGCAAUGUGACCAAACCAGCUCAGCUUUUGUCUCUUCACUGUUUUGAGGAGUUCCACCUCUUUUCCAGUCAGAGUGCUGGCUUGUAACAGUACACACUCAUUUGUCUUCUUUUCCUGAUACCCAGCAUUUAUCUGUAACAUUUACUCUCAAAGGUUUGCAUUCUUCUUUCAGCCUCAGCUUUCAAUGUCUUUCACAACCAUAUAGAAGUACAGGGACCACCAGUGAAGAAUUACAUAAAAACAGCAAUCUUUAAGGUGUCAAUAAAUAUUUAUUCCACAAGUCAAUAAAAGUUGAACAUAAAAUGCAAGAAUUAUGAUGUAAGUGAGCAGUAAAUAAGUUUUAUAAAAAAUAAGCUUUGUGUGUCAUGACAAGGAUUUCCGAAGCAGAAACAAUGAAAUAAAUAUCUACAAUCCUGUCAUCAAUGGUUACCCUGAUAGAAGAAAAUGUACAAAUCUUUUCCCCAUUUAGAGGCUGAAUAGCAGUCUUCAGUCUGAAUUACAAACAUAA